UGAGGGGAAUGAAUAUGAAGAAUUAGCUCUUCUUCUUCUUCCUCUCUUAACUUCAAUUGUACUUCUCUCAAAGGCAAAGUUGCUUCCUUUUUCUUUUGUAAAUGUAAAGUUUGAUUUUUGCUCUUUGCAACAAAACAAUGGCCAAGUGUCACAGAAACGACAUCGGACCCAUAGCCAUCGAUCGCCCUUCCACCACCAGCACUACCGGCAACAACUUCAGAUUAUGGACAGCCUUCUCAGGCGCCGCAUUCCGAAGGAAAAUCUUCGACGCAGUAAGCUGUGGUGCAAGCUCUCGCCACCGCCACGAGCUCAUGCAAGAAAUCCUCAGCGACACCGUCUCUCAGCAGCCUUCUCUACCGGCCAGCACGAUGAAAUCGGCCUUGAAAGAGUUCAAUGAGCCGAGAAAUCCAGACAAAGCAGUGAAGAAACCCGUCAGCAAUGACAGGUCGGAGAAGCUGGCGGAUCUCUUGAACUUGGUCGAAACUGAAACUGAUGCUGGGACUAAGAGGAAAGUGGAAGCUUUAGAGGAGUUGAAACGCGUGGUUAAGGAGUUGCAAGGGGAAGAUAAAGAAAGUAAGAGAAAAGCUGCGAGUAGAGUCAGGUCUCAUACUAAAGAAGACCCGGAAGCCAGAGUGACUUUGGCCAUGCUCGGAACCAUUCCGCCUUUGGUUGCAAUGCUUGAUUUUCAAGAUUCUGAUUCACAGAUCACUGCUCUCUAUGCUUUGCUUAAUCUGGGAAUCGGAAAUGACGUGAACAAAGCUGUCAUUGUCAAAGCAGGGGCUGUACACAAGAUGCUAAAGCUUAUUGAAUCCCCAAGCGAGGGGAUUUCGGAUGCCGUUGUAGCAAAUUUCCUUGGCUUGAGCGCCUUGGAUUCGAAUAAGCCUAUCAUUGGAUCUUCAGGGGCUAUACCUUUCUUGGUUAAAUCCCUCAAGCUUUUGGACACAAAACGCAGGUCUCAAGCCAGACAUGAUGCUCUUCGAGCUCUUUAUAAUCUAUCCAUCUCCCCAUCGAACAUUUCGUUCGUGGUGGAGGCUGAUUUGAUACCUUUUCUGCUGAAUGCAUUGGGGGAUAUGGAAGUUAGUGAGAGAAUUCUUUCGAUUUUGAGCAAUAUAGUGUCCACCCCCGAAGGUAGAAAGGGGAUUAGUAUUGCACCUGAAGCAUUCCCCAUUUUGGUGGACGUGUUGAAUUGGACCGACUCUCCUAGUUGCCAAGAGAAGACAUCGUAUAUUCUCAUGGUAAUGGCACAUAAAGCAUAUGGAGAUAGACAGGCCAUGAUCGAAGCAGGCAUCGUUUCGUCAUUGCUCGAGCUAACACUUUUGGGUAGUACAUUGGCACAGAAGAGAGCUUCCAGGAUUUUGGAGGUCUUGAGAGUGGACAAAGGUAAGCGAGUAUUGGAGAACUUUGGUGGGAACAUGAAUGCAGCUGUAUCGGCUCCGAUUUGCAGCUCUUCAUCUUCUUCGACUAAUCCGAACAGAAAGGAGUGCAUGGUGGAAGAAGAAGGCAUGAUGAGCGAGGAGAAGAAAGCUGUUAAACAAUUGGUCCAACAGAGUUUGCAGAACAACAUGAGGAGAAUUGUGAAUAGGGCCAAUUUGCCACAAGCUUUUGUUCCAUCGGAACAUUUGAAGUCACUCACAGCAAGCUCAACUUCGAAGAGCUUACCCUUUUGACCAGAAAUGGAUACCAUUUACCACCCAUUGCCGUGAAUGGGGAAUGAAGAAGAUAGCAUUUAGUUUUAGUCUUGGCUUUGCAGUCCUUUGUGCUUUUUUCCCUUCUAUUUGGGUAGCUGUUGUCAAUGUAUGAUAUCACCAUUGUCAAUAUUCCAUCAUCAUCAUGUC